UUUUUGAUAAGCUUGCCGAAAAAGGCAAAACCGCCCUCCUUUCUCUUACUUCUCUUUUCCUUUGCCAACGAUGGUCGAGGAUAAACACUUUCAACAAGCAAUCGGCGAUCAUUCUCCCGACGUUGCCUCGCAGCAGCAGUCUCAGAGUGAUACACUCAUUGCACAAUUAACCAAUGUACAGGUACAGUGGCCUGCUCAAACGACGCGACUAUGCAGUUCCGUGCUGGGACAACAAGUCUAGAAAAAAUAAAUUAUGAAUGUGUCAAACUUCGCAUAUCGGUUCAAUAGGGUGGUCUUUCUUGUUUACUCGGAAAAGUCAAACAGGACAUCCAGGCUGCCAAGGAUGUCAUGAAUUUCCUCAAAAAACGAGCCGCUAUUGAAGAAGAGUAUGGAAAGCAAAUGAUGAAGUUGGCUCAGUCAAUGUGUGAGGGAUACGAGAAGGCGCAUCCCAAAUCGAGCACUUACGGUCAAGUGUGGUCAUCCAUGCUCAAAGUACAUGAAACCAUUGGAAGCCAGCGAAUCAAGUUUUCAUCGGAUAUCUCGGAAGUGGCGGAUGAUCUUCAACUGUUAUACAAGGACAGCGACAAAGCGAGACGACAAGCGAAAGAAGCGGGGCAAAAGCACGAAAAAGCGCUUAUGGAUGCAGAAAACAAUUUGGAAAAGGGAAAAGCGAAAUAUGAGAGUUACAGCGAAGAAUGGGAACGUACUCUGCUGCAAAAAAGUAACGAUCCGUCCCAGAUUCCGAAAAAGGGACUAUUCAAAAACAACAAGACACAAGCACAGCUCGAUCGGCAAGAAGAAGAAGCUCGAUCCCGCGCGGCGGCGGCAGAUCAAGCAUACAAGCAACAUUUGCAAAACGCAAAUACGGCGCGUCAAAUAUAUUACCAAACUCAUUUACCUAAAACUCUGAGGGAACUUAAAAGCAUCGGUGACGAAUGCUCGGUUGCCCUGCGUUACCAACUCGCCCGUUACGCAUACAUCUAUGAACAAGCAUUAACAGCCGACGGCCUGGCUCUAGAUAACGACGAUGGUUUGGGACUUCGAUCAUUGACCGAAAAGAUCGACAUCGACGGUGAUUUGGCAGCUUUUGUGGAUAAUUUUCGAAAUCGAGCCGGAACAGCACAGAAGAAUGAUAUUCCAUACAAAGAAUACGUGAUGUCACCUACUGCCAUUACCAUUCUUAAUCCUAAUCCUGUGUUCGGAAUUCCAUUGACAGCGCUGAUGAACCGAGACAAGGAAGAGGUGCCUCUGGUAUUGCAAAGGUGUGUAGAGGCAAUCGAGCAAUGCGGGCUACGAACAGUAGGCCUGUAUCGCGUCUCCGGCACCAAAACACAUGUUGCCAAGUUGAAGACAGCCUUUGAUCACGAUUGUUCGAGUGUGAAUCUUGUAGCGGAAGAGGAUGUACAUAAUAUUACCACCCUUUUGAAGCUGUGGUUAUCCGAACUUCCCGAUCCUGUUUUCCCACGAUCCACUUUCCAGCAUUUCAUGAACGCAGCCAAAAUUGAAGACGAGCGAAUGCGCAUCCUUGGCCUGCACACAGUCAUUAAUGAUAUGCCCGACGCUCAUUACGCUACACUCAAAUAUCUCAUGUGUCAUCUCGACAAAGUCCAACGAUAUCAGCAAUAUAACAAGAUGAAUUCAGCGAAUUUGGGAGCUAUUUUCGGAAUGAGUCUCAUGGGAAACAACCAUCAGUCGACCGAAUCCACGCAAGAGAAACUCAACGAGGCCGACUGGCAAAUGGUUGUAGUAACUACUAUACUUCACAACUAUCGAUUGAUUUUUGAACCUGACGACGCCUAAUGUUAUUUAAUCUUUCCUUCCAAAAUUUACUAUACCAAUAUUACGAAACUUAUCUUCUAUAUCAUAAGGGAAUCACUAGAUCUAGCCCAAUAUCGCAAGUCAUUUGCGUAUAACCGG